AUGGACAAUGAAACAUUAAAGACUAAUGUAUCCCAGAUCACCAGUUGUGGUACAUCGAGUACUCCGACUACUUCAGCUGGACAUAAAACUACUCCCCACACGACAUCGACCAACACCAACACCAGCACCGCUAAAUCGAUUGAUAGUGGUCUGUAUGAAAGACGUAGAAAUUGGCGUACACAUCAAAUGAAAUCAUGUAUGCCAACGUCGACAAAUUUCACUUUAAUUAAUCCGAUUAGCGCUGCCGGAGGAGGUAGAUAUAUUGAUAGUGGGACAAGAAUAACUGCAAGGAGAAUAGGAUCGUUACAGAAUAAAGAGAAUUGGUGGAGAAAGACAAUAAGUCAAUAUUCAGAAGGCCAUACUACUACCCUGAACACCACCACCACUAUGAGAUGUACGGGAUAUUCUUCAGCACAACCAGCACCAACUUCUCCUCCGUCACCAUCAUGCCCCUCCACAUCCACAUCUUUCUCUUCAUAUUCACGCUACUCUAUGCCCCCAUCGAUCGGUGGUACUAGUUCGUCAAUAAAGUCGGCAGUAAUUCUUAGAAAGUCAUCGAUUCACAGACAGUCUUUUCUUUAUCGAUCAGCUACAAAUCCGGACACCUCAUUCGGUGAAUUGAGUUCAGUACAAUCGAAAUUGGUAAUGAAUAGUGAACCUAGUGUCUUGAUCACUCCGUUUGCUCAAAUUCUAGCCAUUUUAAAUCGUGCAAGAGACUUCCUUUCCAGUUAUACUUCAAGUUCACCUUUGCAUUCAAAUGAUUCCAAUAUGUUUGGAAUGAGAUCGCCUAAAAAGAGUUCAGAGACUGAUGAAAAAUAUAUUGAUUAUCUGCAUCGAUUUGAUGUACAUUAUGUGAAUGAUCUAUUAAGUGAAUUCGAUUGGUGUCUGGAAGUAUUAGAGAGUCUCCAGUGUAAAUGUUCUGUGAGCAGUUUAACUCGAAUGAAGUUUCGUACUCUACUCAGUCAAGAAUUAGCUGCAUCAUUCAAUCCACCAGAUAGUGAAAUGAACAAAGAAUCUUCAAAGAAGACAUCAAACAUUUCUUCUUCUGCUACCGCUUCUGCUGUUGCUGCUGCUGCCUCUUCACCCCUUGGUAUUCAUGCAUCCGAUGAUUCUAAACAAAAAUCAUCAACGUCGUCUCCUUCACCAGGGGAUCAAAUCGACUAUAAAAUCUCCGGUAAAAUGAGUCAAAUGCAACGACGUAAACAACAAUUCGCUAAGAAUUCAACCUCACAAGUUUGUGAAUACAUCUGUAGAACAUUUCUUGAAGAAGAUGAUGAUGAAGAUGAAGUGGUUGGUCUUCCAGGGGAUACACUGUCUUGGAAAUCAACAAGUGAAAAGUCCAUAUACAUAAAUAGUCCAAAGCUGAAACUUCGAUUUGGUGAUAAACUUGAUGAAAUGAGUGAAAGUAAUGAGUCCGCAGACUCACCACCACCAGCAACUACGACAACAACAACUGAAACAAGACGAAGAAGUUCCACGUCAUCAUUACUACUAACAAGCGCAGCAGUAGGGACAACUGAAGCUGGAACAGUAAUCACGGCUAAAUCUACCUCUUCUUCAUCCCCACAAACUGGUUUUGUGGAUAUUUUAUCUUCAACUAUUCAGCUGAUCACAAUGAAUGUUGAACUAAUUGAUAAUUCAAAAGUUGAGAAGUUCAUCAGAGAUAAUCAAUCGACUCUGGCACCAGAUUUAUUUCAAUUAGACCAGAUUUCUAAUCAUCAUCCUUUGAGUACACUUGGAUUUUAUUUAUUUAUGAAAACCAAUUUAUUACAAAAACUUUCUAUUCCUCCAGUAACAAUGUUACAUUGUCUUAGAUGUAUUGAAUCCCGAUAUAAUCCCAGUGCUCCGUUUCAUAAUUCAAUUCAUGCCUUGGAUGUUCUGCAUGCAACUUAUCAGCUGUUUCAAUGUAAUAAUUUAAAAAAUAUCUUUAGUGACCUUGAAAUGUUCGCUAUUUACUUUGCUUGCACAAUACACGAUAUCGAUCAUCCUGGUCUAACAAAUCAAUACUUGAUUAAUACAAAUCAUGAAUUAGCCCUGUUGUACAAUGAUAUCUCAGUUCUAGAAAAUCAUCAUCUACACGUUGCUUUUAAAAUGAUCAGUACAGAGAAAGAAUGCGAUUUUACACAGUAUCUUACAAAUCAACAGAAACAGUUGUUUCGUAAAAUGGUUAUCAAUUUAGUUCUUUCCACAGAUAUGAGUAAACAUAUGUCUUUGUUGGCUGAUUUAAAGACUACUGUUGAAAAACAAAGAGCACUUCAAGGAAAUGUAAUUAGCCUGGACAGUUAUUCAGCCCGUAUGCAGAUAUUAGAAUGCGUUAUACAUGCAGCUGAUUUAAGCAAUCCUACAAAACCUUUAGAAAUUUAUCAACAAUGGGUAUCAAGAAUUAUGGAGGAAAUGUUUCGCCAGGGGGAUCAAGAAAGAAAAUUCGGUAUUGAAAUUAGCCCAAUGUGUGAUAGAGAAACUGCAUGUAUUUAUAGUACCCAAAUUGGUUUCAUUGAUUAUAUAGUUUAUCCAUUAUGGGAGACAAUGGCUGAACUUUUAUAUCCAGGUGCACAAAUCCUAAUGGAGAAUAUAACCAAAAAUCGAAAUUGGUAUGCUAAUGCAAAAGAGAUUCAACUACAACAAGAACAAGAAAACCAACAACAACAACAACAACAGCAAGCAUUGCAACAAGACUGUAAAACGAAAUGA